AAAAGUCAGUCGUUGCACAUAUUAAACCAGCAGUGCAUUGUCAAAAAAUAAUUUAAAAUACGCGUCAAUAUGAAACGCAUAGCGCUCCUGAUUUUAUGCGCAGCUGCUACAGCUCAGGCGAACGAUAGAAUUAUUCCCAGAAGAAAGUUAAUCCUUGAGAAGAAGAUAGAAAAAGACGGACAAGAUGGCUUCAGCAGUGGAAAUCAAGAGGCAGAAAAAGUCCUCGAGCAAGUGUUUAGAGGAAAUAGCGAUCCUAGCCAAGCUCCUGCCAUCUGCGCCGCUGAAGGUUCAGAUGGAGUGUUGGUCGCUCAUGAAAAUUGUAAUCAAUUCUAUAAAUGCUACAGAGGAGAGCCUGCAGCUUUGGACUGUCCGCCAAAUCUUCUCUACAAUCCAGAAAAGGAAUAUUGUGACUGGGAAUGGAAUGUCGACUGUAGCAACCGAAUUAAACCAGGUGAUAUAAGCGGUGGAAACCCUAACGAAGAUAAGGGUCCCGCCCAUCUAUCGGGAGGAAACAGCGAUCCUGGUCAAGCUCCUGCUAUUUGCGCCGCUGAAGGUUCAAAUGGCGUUUUGGUCGCUCAUGAAAAUUGCAAUCAAUUCUAUAAAUGCUUCGGUGGAGAACCUGCAGCAUUGAAUUGUCCACAAAAUCUUCUCUACAAUCCAGAAAAAGAAUAUUGUGACUGGUCCUGGAAUGUUGAUUGUGGCAAUAGAGUUAUUCCUAGUGAAAAAGUUGUUGCUGAGAAGAAAAUCGAUCCCAAUCUUCUAGUGAAAUUUGUGCGGCUGAAAAUUCUGAAGGCUUGAUUUUAUGUGAUGAAUAUUGUGACAAAUUCUACAUUUGCAAUCAUAGCAGACCCGUUACAUGCAGUGGCCACCUAAACUUUUGUUUAGGUGGUGUAAUUUCCAACAUUCUUCAUUCUGUAUAUUUGCUGGUAUGGUAAACUAUGGGAACAGAAUUAUACCAGAUGAUUUUGCAGGCGGAAAUCACAACAAUUAAUAAAAUUUAAUACUUA